UCUUUUCGGCGGCGCCCAGCGGGGUGAAAGUGUAGAGUUGAGAGGUCGCGGGGACGCCGUGGUGACGGACUGUUACCGCUUAUCCCGGUCCGGCAUGCUGUAGCUUACUUAAAGCAAGACUAUUUUUUAUAUGACUUUCUAAGUUUUUAUUUCUGCCAUGAAUGCUGUUGGAAUUUCUGUUAACUAUGUAGCUCGCCGUGCCCCAGCAGUCUGCAUUAGCGCUGUGACUCGUGUCGCAGCCCGCCUGUAAGCUUAGCCAGCGCGCUAAGGUUAGCCGCGGCCACUCAGAGACGGCGAUGGCGGUGUCGGCGCGGGGCCUCUACUUCGUGACGACGCUCUUCUUGACCAGUUUCUUCGGCAGCGUGUUCAUGCUGGGCCCGGUGUUACCACUCAUGCUACUGUCUCCGGCCUGGUACCGCUGGCUCACGGAUCGCAUCGUCGCCACCUGGCUGACGCUGCCCGUGGCACUGCUGGAGUUGGUGUUCGGCGUGAAGGUGGUGAUCACCGGCGAUGGCUUCAUCCCCGGCGAGCGUAGCGUCAUCGUCAUGAAUCACAGGACACGCCUGGACUGGAUGUUCCUAUGGUGCUGCUUGCUCCGCUACAGCUACCUGCGGCUGGAGAAGAUCUGCCUGAAGGCGGCGCUGAAGGCGGUGCCGGGGUUUGGCUGGGCCAUGCAGGUGGCCUGCUUUGUUUUCAUCCAGCGUCGCUGGGAGCAGGAUCGCAGACACUUGGGCGACAUGCUGGACUACUUCUGUGCUAUCCGCGAGCCCCUGCAGCUGCUCAUCUUCCCAGAGGGCACCGACCUUACUGAGAACACCAGGGCACGAAGCGACGACUUCGCCGAGAAGAAUGGACUGCCUAGAUACGAAUACGUGCUGCACCCCCGCACCACUGGAUUCACCUUCAUUGUGGACACGCUGCGCAAAGGAGACAAUCUGGAUGCCGUUCACGACAUCACUGUGGCCUACCCUGAGAACAUUCCACAGACGGAGCGCCACCUUAUACUGGGCCAGUUCCCCCAGGAGAUCCACUUCCAUGUGCAGCGGUAUCCGGCAUCCGAGCUCCCCGACUCUGCCGAGCAGUUGCAGGCCUGGUGCCAGGCGCGCUGGGCAGAGAAGGAGCAGCGGCUUCGCGACUUUUACAUGGGCGCGAGGCGCUUCGACGCCGCGCCGGGUGUCAGCCGCGUGCCGCCCUGCAAGACCGCUGCACGAGUGCUGCUGAUCAAAGCCGCCUCUCUGCUCUACUGGAAUGCCUUCGUCGGGCUGUGUUGCGUGGGUCUCUGGCUCUGGCCGCCGCUGCGCAUCUACCUGCUGCUUGUGGCACUGUUCUUUAUUGGUCAGCAGAGGGCGCUAGGAGGGCUCGAGCUGCUGGAGAUGGCCUGCCACCGGCACUGGAGCAGCGAGGCAGGGCUGAGACCUGUGGCUGCUGGGAAGGAGGACUGAGUUGACGGGUGGGAGUUCAAGAGACACUCUUGGUACUGUGGCGCCCCCCUCUGUUCUGUUAUGGCUCCCCUUAAUCUGAGGCCUUUCAAGCACUGAGUGCUUUGUUGCUUUGAUGGGGUAGGAUACCAAAGGGUGGGAGAGGCAGGGGUGCGUCCAAAGGAACGGGGAAGCUAGUGCGAAUCUCUCCCUCACGAUCCUGGUGCACAGCUGAUUGUGCUGCUCUCUCUCUUUCCCACCUGCCCUGUCUGUCUGUCCAUCUUUCCGUCUCUCUACGCACUGGCCCAUGGUAUGGGCUGCCCGUCUGUGUCCAUGGAAACCAGAAUACACUUGCAUGCAGUCUGGUAUGUCCGUCACUUUGUCAACACACUAUUUAAAUUCUUUUUGGGCAACAGCUGAUUUUAUUGCAUAACCAUUGAGUGUUCACUGGCGCAUAUUUAGCGGAGAAAAU